CCUUGUUGUUGCUGCUGUUGCUGCUGUUGCUGCCCCUCCCCUCAUCAUCAUCGGCUUUCCUCCUCUUGUCCCUCUCUCCCUCCCUCUCUAUCUUUUCACUUACUCCAACUCCGUCAUCUUCUCUCUCGACCCAUUCCUAAUUUAUCUCUUCCUUUUUUUUCUUUCUCUCUUCUUCCUCUUUCUCUUCUACUCUCUUCCCCCCUCUCCGUAUUCGUUUCUCACUGCCAUUUCCCCUUCCGUGGUAGAUUCCCCUAAUCUACUACUCGUUGGGUGUUCAAUCGACGCCACCAUGGUUCUCAUCGACAAGCAUUCCUACGAGUCCCGCGAGGAAAGACGGCUCAAGGAAGAUCGUGAGCGCACUCGCUACUGGAAACGUUGGGGUCCCUACGUGGCGGAGAGACAAUGGGCUACUGUUCGCGAAGAUUACUCUGAAAAUGGAGAUGCCUGGAGCUACUUUUCCCACGACCAUGCGCGGUCUCGGACCUAUCGCUGGGGUGAGGAUGGUAUUGCCGGUGUAUCCGACACCCACAAUCUGCAAAAUAUCGCUUUUGCCUUCUGGAACGGGAAAGACGACUUUCUCAAAGAGCGCCUGUUCGGUCUAUCGAACCCCCAGGGAAACCAUGGCGAGAGUGUCAAGGAAGCCCAUUUUCACCUCGAUAACACCCCGACGCACUCUUACAUGAAAUUCCUUUACAAGUACCCUCAGAAGAAGUUCCCUUACGAGGAACUCGUCGAGGAGAACGCGCGGCGGGGAAAGGAGGAUCGCGAGUACCAGAUCCUCGAUACUGAUGCCUUUGACGAGAACCGUUACUGGGAUAUUUUCAUUGAAACUGCGAAAGAGGAUGAGGAUGAGGAAGAACUCCUCUUCCGCAUCAUCGCUUACAACCGUGGACCUGAGCCAGCACACUUGCACAUUAUUCCGCAUGUGUGGUUCCGCAAUACCUGGAAAUGGGGCUACGAGGAAAAGACGGAGAAGCCGUCUGUGGAGAAGACUUAUCCUUUGAUUGCGAAGACCAAGCAUCACAAACUCGGCGAGCGCUACGUGCGGUUUUCUCCGUCUCCGUCCGUGACUGGGGAGGAAGAUGUGAUCCCUAAGUUGCUGUUCACCGAAAACGAGACAAAUAACGAAUUCCUCUACAAGACCGCGAACGACCAGCCUUAUGUUAAAGAUGCCUUCCAUCGUCACAUUGUCAAUGGCGAGAAGGGUGCAGUCAAUCCGGAAAACAAGGGAACCAAAUUUGCUGCCUGGUACGCCUUUGAUGAGGGCGAGGGUGUUCCUCCCGGCGAGUGCGUGGUGGUUCGUUUUCGAUUCUCUCGCCGCUUGGAACCGUUCAUCGAUGAAGAGGUGCUGGAUGAUGUGAUCGAUCAGCGCAGAAAUGAGGCCGAUGACUUCUACUACCACAUCAGUCCUCUGCCCAUGAGUGAUGAUUUGCGAAACAUCCAGAGACAGGCGUUUUCUGGGAUGAUGUGGAACAAACAGUUUUACCAUUUCGUGUGGGACCAGUGGUCAAAUGGUGAUCCUGCUAUGAUUCCACCCCCACCCGGCAGGAAGCACGUCCGAAAUCAGCAAUGGAAACACCUGUACAUGGAGGACAUUCUGUCCAUGCCUGAUUCGUGGGAAUAUCCGUUCUUCGCAGCUUGGGAUACUGCGUUCCACUGUAUUCCGCUUGCAAUGAUCGACCCGGAGUUCGCGAAGAAACAGCUGGACAUUCUCACUCGCGAGUGGUACAUGCAUCCCAAUGGUCAGCUUGCAGCCUAUGAGUGGAACUUUGGAGACGUGAACCCCCCUGUUCAUGCAUGGGCGACUUUCCGGGUCUUCAAGAUUGAGCGUAAGAUGUACGGACGGCAAGACCUCGAUUUCUUGGAGCGCGUGUUCCAAAAGUUGUUGCUCAAUUUCACAUGGUGGGUCAACCGAAAGGACUCCGAUGGGAAGAAUGUCUUUGAGGGUGGCUUCCUGGGUCUGGAUAACAUCGGACUCUUCAACCGUUCCGAGCCUCUGCCUACCGGUGGUGUGCUGGAGCAGGCGGAUAGCACAGGAUGGAUGGCCUUUUACUGCUUGUGCAUGUUGAACAUCGCUCUGGAGCUGGCCAAGCAUCGGAGGAUUUAUGAGGAUAUUGCCUCCAAGUUCUUUGAGCACUUUAUUCUGAUUAGUGAUGCGAUGACUUUCCGGUCAGGUGGUCAAGAAUCAUCUCUCUGGAACGAAGAAGACGGGUUCUAUUAUGAUGCGAUCUCCUACGGUGACCCCUGGACUCAGCAGCUUCCUGUGCGGUCUCUGGUCGGGUUGAUUCCUCUCUAUGCCGUUCUUACACUGGAGCCCGAGUUGAUCAACAAGUUCCCCUCCUUCAAGAAGCGCUUGGAAUGGUUCGUUGAGAACCGCCAGGAUGUGGCGGAACGCAACAUUGCAAGCAUGAAGCACCGCGGUAAAGAUGAGCGGCUCCUCCUGGCACUGGUGAGCAGAGACCGCUUGGAGAAGAUUCUCAAGCGCAUGUUGGACGAGACCGAAUUCUUGUCGGAGCACGGCAUCCGGUCCAUGUCCAAGUAUCAUGGGGAGCACCCCUACUCGAUGGAUGUUAACGGCCAGACGUUCCGAGUCAGCUAUGUCCCAGGAGACUCAGACAGCGGGCUAUUCGGAGGUAACAGCAACUGGCGUGGACCGGUAUGGCUGUGCGUCAACUUCCUGCUCGUCGAGUCGUUGUUGCGUUUCUACAUGUUCUAUGGCGAUUCCUUCAAGGUCGAAUGUCCGACCGGCUCCGGCGAGUACAUGCAUCUCGGCCACGUCGCUGAAGAAAUCCAGCACCGGCUGCAGCAUCUGUUUGCGCGGAACGACGAAGGCCGCCGCGCGGUGCACGACGGAUCCGAUCUUCUCGACUUUGACGAGCACUGGAAGGAUUACAUGUGGUUCCAUGAGUUCUUUGAUGGAGACACUGGGCGCGGUCUCGGAGCAUCUCACCAGUGUGGAUGGACUGGAUUGAUCGCCAAAAUCAUUCAUGACACAGGUAUCAACUGCCGUCUUCCCCAGACGCCCCGCACCCCGCAUGCAGCAGCAUCGCACUACUUUGACGAUGUCUUCACGCGAUUCUCCCGUCCACGGGGCAGCCGUCGUCCCAGCGUGCGCCGUUCGUCCACCACCCGGUCGAUCGGCAACCGGAGCGACUUCGAGUCCACUCUGUCGGGGCGCGAGACCCCGGCGCCUGAGACUGUCCUUGACGAAGACGACAGCAAAGUUGAGACCGACCUCCAGAACGAGCACGUCCACAAAUACGUCGAAAGCCAGCUACAGCGCGUACGAAGCCAAGCCUCGAUUGGGGCGUACGAGGAUGAGUUUGAGACGCAGGCGGACCAUGCCCCUAAUGGACAUUGAUAUUGUGUAUGAGGAGGUGUGAAAUCGGAGGAAUGGUUAGAGUAGAUAUUUGUCACACCAGUGUUUCAUUGGAGAAUGUUAGAAGCGGAUAUGUAGCUGUGGAAUAUUUAGAGCGAUCAUGGUAAUUUUUGAAUGCAUUUGGUUGAGAUGAGCGA